AUGUUGGCGGCGGUGGCUGUAAGCCGACUGAAUUUGGCGAGAGGUGCGACGAGCUCCUAUAGUGUUCUGACUGCCAAAUUGAAGCACACGCUUCCGGAUCUGCCUUACGAUUACAAUGCGUUGGAACCGACUAUUUCCGCUGAAAUCAUGCAGCUGCAUCAUGGAAAGCAUCAUAAUACUUACGUGACCAACUUGAAUGUGGCUGAAGAGAAAUUGGAAGAAGCCAAGGCGAAGAACAACAUAAAAGCCAUCAUUGCGUUGGGCCCCGCGCUCAAGUUCAACGGCGGUGGGCACAUCAACCACUCCAUCUUCUGGCAGAACCUGAGUCCAAAAGGCGGCGGCGAGCCGACCGGCGCCCUCGCCGACCAAAUCAAGAAGGACUUCGGUAGCUUCGACAACAUGAAGGCACAGCUGAGUGCCGCCACAGUCGGCGUCCAGGGCUCGGGCUGGGGCUGGCUCGGCUACGACAAGCAGGCUAAGCGGCUGCGAAUCGCUGUUUGCGCCAACCAGGACCCGCUGGAACCCACCACAGGGCUCGUUCCGCUGUUCGGCAUUGACGUCUGGGAGCACGCCUAUUAUUUGCAGUACAAGAAUGUGCGGCCUGACUAUGUGAACAAUAUCUACAAGGUGGCCAACUGGGAGGAUGUGGCCAAGAGGCUCAAGGAUGCCGAGUAAUGCGAGAUGGGGGUUCAUUUUUGUUGAAGGGUGUGCUGGCUAAUGCUUGUGGGGGUGAUGGUCAGUGGAGGAACUUCGUAGGUCUUCUUCAUUGGUGAUUUUUUUUUCCGCGUUGAUUGCUCGUCUGCCCAGUGAGUGUCCGUGUGUGAGCGUCUGUGCUAGGAUUAAAGUGGCUUUCGACUGGGGCAUCAACUCAAACGUUCA